AUGACCGAUGAAAAGUCUUCACCUCCUCUGUACAUCGGGAUGGAGGUAGUGAUCGCUCUCGCCUCCGUCUUGGGGAAUGUGAUGGUGGUUUGGGCAGUGAAGAUAAACCGCUCGCUGAGGGACACCACUUUUUACUUCGUUGUCAGUUUGGCGUUGGCAGACAUCGCCGUCGGGGCUCUGGUCAUUCCCCUGGCGAUUACAAUCAGCACCGGAAUGAGGACUCACUUUUACAGCUGUCUGAUGGUCGCCUGCGUUAUGCUCGUUCUCACCCAGAGCUCCAUCUUAGCUCUCCUCGCCAUCGCCAUUGACCGCUACCUGAGGGUCAAGAUCCCGCUCAGCUACAAGCGAGUGGUGACACCAAAAAGAGCUGGAACAGCGGUAUUAGUGUGCUGGCUGGUGGCCCUCAUCGUAGGCUUAACUCCCAUGUUUGGCUGGAACAACCUGCAGAAAUUCAACCAUACCAACAGCUCUGAGGGCCCCAACCCCGACGUCAUCUGUAAAUUCGAGAAUGUCAUCAGCAUGCAGUACAUGGUCUACUUCAACUUUUUCGGCUGUGUGCUGCCCCCGCUCGUCCUCAUGCUUGUCAUAUACUUUGAGAUUUUCUACAUGAUCCACAAGCAGCUCAAUAAGCGGAUCAAUAAGUCGGCCAGCCAAACUGAUCCCAGCCGUUAUUAUGGAAAAGAACUCAAACUGGCAAAAUCUCUCGCUCUGGUGCUUUUUCUCUUUGCCAUAAGCUGGUUACCCCUGCACAUCCUGAACUGCAUUACUCUGUUUAGCCCCAGUCCUAAAACUAAUCUUAUUAUCUAUGUAGCUAUCUUGCUUAGUCACGGCAACUCAGCCGUCAACCCGGUCAUAUAUGCCUUUCGUAUCAGGAAAUUCCGCAUUGCCUUCGUCAAGAUCUGGGAACGUUAUGUCUGCUGCAAGAAAGUGAACCAACUGGCCAGUAAAGCCACCCGACGAAGGGGAAGUCUGGAGAAGAGAAUGCGGCAUCAUAAUGACCUUUGAUUUAGCUAGAACAGCAAACGUAGCAUUAACAUUUAACAUCCAGGUCCGAGAUCCUGUGAUGUCUUGACUCGUAUUUCCUCAUGUGAGGACAUUCAGAAGAUGCAGCAUUCUGUCUCACGGAAAUAUUCAAACCGCCACGCGAGAUCUUCAGAGGUCCAUUGAAUAUGAAAACUGCUUGUGUUAGUGGAAAAUCAACAUGCUGUAUAGCACCAAGCUUUUGUGGAUCGUGUUUGUGAUUUCCCGUUUUUCUUAAAUGAGAUUCGCAAGCUUUAUAGCAUCAACUCUAAAGUGCUUAUAGCCACAUCAGGCCUUGCGCAGACCAGGCAACAGCCGUGUGUCGAAACGAAUACUGUAACAUUUAUAGUGAAGGGGAAUGAUGUAUUAAGGAUUUUGUUUUUUAAAGAAAGGGCAAAUUUUAAUCGACAACAUGCUUAAGUCUGAACUCCUCUGCUGUUGAGAAUUAGACCUCCGUAACGUUUUUUUUUUUUUUUUUUACCAUUUUUAUCGUUUUUACAAGUUUAACUCAUCUCAGACGCAUUACAGCUGUUCGACGUAACCAACAGAAGAUGAAUCUGAGCUGCUGAAAGCACGAUCAUCUCCUCGAGGCAUGCUUAAGCUCAACGUGCUUAAGUGCAGACCAUUCACAGAAUGUUUGAUAUCUGUAUUGCUUUGAGCAGGAGAACAUCACUGUGACAUAACAAACAAGACGUAACGGCGAAUUAUUCCGGUUCAAAACAUACUAAUAAAGUCCUAAUAGUGUUUUUAUAGUA